GAGGCGAAGGAGCCAACACCAUGGAGGAGGCCGGGGAUAAGAGCGGCGGCAGCAGAAAGAAAGGCCUGAAACGCAAAGCCGCUACUGAAGAACUUCAGGAGGCUGCAGUGGUUGAGGAUGGGGCGACGGAAAGCGGAGUUCAACCCCGGAAAGUGGCUGCCUUUCCUCCAGGCUUCAGCACUUCGGAGAUUAAGAACAAACAGCGGCGACACUUAAUGUUCACGCGGUGGAAGCAGCAGCAGCGGAAGGAAAAGCUGGCAGCUAAGAAAAAACUUAAAAAAGAAAGAGAGGCCCUUGGUGAUAAGGCUCCACCAAAACCUAUACCCAAGACCAUUGACAACCAGCGAGUGUAUGAUGAAACCACAGUAGACCCUAAUGAUGAAGAGGUUGCUUAUGAUGAAGCUACAGAUGAAUUUGCUUCUUACUUCAACAGACAAACUUCUCCCAAGAUUCUCAUCACAACAUCAGACAGACCUCAUGGGAGAACAGUACGACUCUGUGAACAGCUCUCCACAGUUAUACCAAACUCACAUGUUUAUUACAGAAGAGGACUGGCUCUGAAAAAAAUAAUUCCACAGUGCAUCGCAAGAGAUUUCACGGAUCUGAUUGUUAUUAAUGAAGAUCGUAAAACACCAAAUGGAUUAAUACUGAGUCAUUUGCCAAGUGGACCAACUGCUCAUUUUAAAAUGAGCAGUGUUCGUCUGCGUAAAGAAAUGAAGAGAAGAGGCAAAGAUCCUACAGAACACAUACCUGAAAUAAUUCUGAAUAAUUUUACAACACGGCUGGGUCAUUCUAUUGGACGAAUGUUUGCAUCUCUCUUUCCCCAUAAUCCUCAGUUUAUUGGAAGGCAGGUUGCCACAUUUCACAAUCAGCGGGAUUAUAUCUUCUUCAGAUUUCACAGAUACAUAUUCAAGAGUGAAAAGAAAGUGGGAAUUCAGGAACUCGGACCACGUUUUACCUUAAAAUUAAGAUCUCUUCAGAAAGGAACCUUUGAUUCUAAAUAUGGAGAAUAUGAAUGGGUCCAUAAGCCCCGGGAAAUGGAUACAAGUAGAAGAAAAUUCCAUUUAUAAAGAAAGACUGAGGGAAUAGUAUUGGAUUUUGCUGAACAGGUCUAUCUUGAAUUUGUGACAGAAGACCCUUUUUAAAAUGGCAUUUACUGAUUUCAUAAACCUUCUUUCAUGUCUGGACAAAUUACCAAAUGCCAUGAAUUGCCACUCACUAUUUCUGUAGGAAAUACAAAUAAAAGUCAUUUUGGUAAGA